AUGGUUUUCCUCAGACGGACAGCGCUCCUUCGCUACCUGCUGCUGUCGGCCACGUUGGCUCUGCUCCUCUUCAUCAGCUCCUUCUGGCUACCUCAGGGUGGAUUCAGAGACUGUGGCAGCGCCUGGCAGCCGUGUUUGAAUUUUUACCACCUAACACCUGAACCUCCAUUGGUCCCUGGGGAGUGGGCAGGACCUAAUGGAGCUUCGCCCCUCAUCCAGGAGUGUCCUGGCCAAUCGUUUCAGGCCUGGCGUCUGCUGCUGCAUUUAAAGUCCAGCCUGGCAGGUGCUGAUGACAUCCUGCUGGAGCCGUACCUGCAGAGCUGGGAUCAGCUCCUCAAUUUCAUGGAGUCUCUUGGGACGAUGGUCAGUUUAUUUUCUCAGAAGGUGAAGGAAAAGGUCGACCUGAUACGAGAGCUGUCACUCAGACACAGUAUAGAGGCUCAUGGGAAACGGCCGCUACAAACCCCAGCAUCAUUUGGACUCAAAAACGGGGCGUAUCGUUCAGUUCGAUCCAUGAUAGAGGCGGAGCUAAAAGCUGGUGUGGUCAACUUCUCCCGUCGUACAGAUUCGGGCUGCAGGACGCUUCUGCGUCUGCAUCGAUCUCUGCUGUGGUUGAAGCUGAUGUUGGAGGGUUUGGCUGAAGGACCAGACGCAGACGGACGAUUCAAAACACCUGGAGAGCUGUGCAGGGAUGCAUACAAGGUGGCGUUGGCGCCCCACCACCCCUGGGUGCUCCGCCAGGCUGCAGAGUUCGUCUUCCUCGCUCUCCCAGACAGACAGUACUUCCUGCAGCUGGUGUGUGUAAAGAGCCAAUGGGAGGCCACGCCCGUCCUGCAAGUCAUCAUCCACGCCCUGACGCUGGUGCACACGCAAACUCAGCAAAUCCUGGCCGAACACAACAUGCUGGAGCUGCCCUAACCGACGCACCUCAGCACCCCGAUUAUUCAAACUUCUCUCCACACACUCCACAAACAAGCUGUGGAUCCUCAACGUGACUCCAGGCGUGUUUGAUCAAACUGCCCAGUAUCCUGUACCAAACUCCACAGACUUUACAGGGCGUUUUACUGCUCCCAAUCAACUGCCCCUUCACACCAGACAAAUUGGACUCUUGCUUCCUCCUCUUCUUUGGCGACUGCAGCUCAGGAUCUGGUUUCCAGUCUUCGUCUCCGUCAAACGCCUCAUCUCCUUCUUUGUCACCGUCAUUGUUGGAGUCCACUUGGCUCUCAGCAGCAUCAUCAUCAGCUUCCCCUGUUACCAUGGCCUGUUGUUGGGAUGUUGAGCUGCUAGACAGAAAAUCCACUUUGUUACUUUACAAAUGUUGAACACGGCAGCUGUGAAGCACAAAUUUUAAACAUUGCUUGCACAUGCAUUUGUAAUGUUUUGAGUCCUCACAUUAUGGAAUUAGAAAUUAUGACAACACUUAAAAUUUCAAAAUCUUUCAGUCGUACAGGUUAUCCAAGGAGCGUUAAAAUCAAGGGCAACUGGACUUGGUUGAAGAUACUUCAAGACCAGGAUCUCCGAUUGUGGCCAACAUAGAUAGAAGAAGUAGAAAGCUCCUUUUGAGGUACAGCACCGAGCCACUGGUAUAACUUUGUGGACUACACAUGGGACCCAAGAAGUGCAGACCUUCACAGAACACAUGAACUCUGUGGACAGUGACACCAAGUUCACAGAAGAGGAUGUCACCGACAUCACUUUGGCCGUGUUGGACCGUGCCCUACGCAUUGACGACAACAGGAGCCUCCAAAUUGGAGUAUACCGGAAACCAACACACAGACCAAUAUUUACUCUUUGACUGUCACCGAAGUUAUCAGGACCCUGCACAACUAAGCUGAUAAUAUACUAACAAGUAACCGAGCCCAAGAGAAGAGAACACCUGAAGGAUACACUUAAAGCUUGUUUGUUGAACCAUCUCUCAAGGGGGGGGAGGUUUGUGACACCAAUUAUCCCCCCACCUACAAUGCUAUCCUUUUUGAACAAGCACUCACAUUUGGCCUUGUGACAAUGCGAAGGGACUGUCACUCAGACUUGGAAUAAAUCCACACUACUACAUUUUAUACAACAGUUUUAAAACAGCUCUUGACUUUAGCCCUCGUUGACAACACUUCCCUGUUUGGAGCCGCACAUAUAUAUAAAAUCAGCGUAUAUGUCCGCCAAUAAAUCACAAGGACCUGAAGUACAGAUCAACUGUAAAAUAUCACACAAAGUUUAUAUGUUAUGGGUUGAAGAAAAUAAAUAUCUGCUGUUCUACUGGUAAA